UACAGAGAAGUGCACAACUACGAUACAUGUCAUUUUCUGUACGGCGAACAGGUGUAUUGUAGCACGUACAUGUAUCACUAUCAGUAUCAAAUACGCAAUUUUGCUCAACAGAAAUCGACUGAAUAUUGAAAAUGUGACAAAUUUACUGCUGUAGAUCCUGCCUUGGAAUAUGACCAACAUGACAAUAGAUCCUCCAGCCUACCCGGGCAAUAACGGCAAGCAGACCGAUAGCAACUGGAACACGGUCCCUAUCAUCACGGUCAGCUCACCUAAAAAUGCCGAAAAAUCUGGGAAUAAACUCGUCAAGCUACCCAAGCUCCCAUCAGAGCGAUUUCGGUACACUCUGUGGCACGAGCUGCGCUCCAAUGACCUAAAGGGCAGUGACCUUCACUUCCCCAGGGUGCGGAAGGCACCGGAGGUCAAGGAGAAGAUCUUUAAGAAGGUCCAGGAUGAUCAGGGUAGGAAGAUUCAUCAUGGCAAGAUGGGGCAGGAGAGAAAGGCCCAUCAGAAACAGGCGGAGGACUGGGAAAAUACAAAGCAUGCGAACCUGUCAUUUCAAGAUCUCCACCAUGACUACCAGAAAGAGAACCUUCAUCGCAUCAUGAAGAGAUUGAUCAGAGCGGAGACCGUUCAGAUCAGAGACGAUAAUAUCAUCAACCUUUCAGACAUCUCAUUCAACUGCUGUAGAGAACUGAAUGCAAGCAAAAACUUCAUUACAUCAUUCAAGAAAUUACCAAGAUGUCCUGUUUUAGAAGUACUUAACCUCAGCGACAACUCGAUCAACUCAUUUGAUAGCAUCAGUGUCUUGAGGAAGACACGCCUGGAGUCUUUGGACCUGAGAAGGAAUCCUAUCUGCUUCAUGGAGAACUACAGACAGAGGAUAUUUCAGGCUCUACCCAACUUGAGAGUGCUUGAUGGCGUCUCACGGUUACCGACGGAUGAUGGAGAGGGUCUGUCCUCGACCGGUGGCUGCAUUGUAAUGUGAUCCAGAGCAAUGGAAACUUGACACUCUCCGGGGCUCUUGAAGUCCUAUCCCACCCUCAACCCCCCCCCCCUACUCUUGGAACGGAGGGACCGCAUGCGUGUUCCCAAAAUCUCCGGCUCGUAACGAAAG